CACACACAGUCAGUGUAUCAUGCUUGCACUGUGUGGGCUGAGCUGAGCAUUCCUGUCAUACAGUAACAGUCUCUCUGCCUCCGCACUCUCUCUCUCUCUUUCCCUCUCUCUCCCUCUAUUUCUCUCUUUCCCUUCCCCUCUAUCUCUCCUCUUUUCUCCCUCUCUUCUCUUUCUCACACACAUACGUUCCUAAUACACACAUUAAUACACUUUCACAGAGCAGAGACGGACCCUCGUAGAGGAAGUCGAGAUGGUGUGGAAUGUGUGCCCUGGUUUUAUUAGUGAUGAGCGAGGACUUGGAGAGGUGCAGUGGUACUGGGAUGCAGUGACAGCUCUUAGCAUGUGAAUUCUCACACUGAGAUAUGGAGAUGCACUGAGGCUCUGAACAGAGACGGCGAUGAGGGUUGUGAGGCCGGCGUGUUGAGCAGAACGCACACACACUCACACACACACACUCUCCCGGAGCAUGCCUAUCAGUCCACCUGCCGACGGCAAACAUGAGGCUCUCGACCGGCCGCGGCAACAACACACCCCUACCAACGGUAAUCACGGAGAUGACAGCAUUCGGGCCUCUCCAGGGACUAAAUCUAACUCCGACCCUAUGGAGGAUCUCCACGGAAAUGCAGUUGUCAUCCGCAUCGGAAUCCCUGAUCUGCAGCAAACGAAAUGCCUGCGAUUGGACCUUGAGGCUCCAGUGUGGGUUUGUAAGCAGCGAGUUCUGGUCACUCUGACACAAAGCCUGACCGAUGUGCUUAACUAUGGCCUCUACCUCCCUGCCUUUAACGGGCGUGCCGGAAAGUUCCUUGAUGAGGAGAGAUUGCUCAGGGAGUAUCCAUUCCCUACGGUCACACCUGUACCAUACCUAGAGUUCCGUUACAAGAGGCGUGUUUACACUCAGAGCCAUGUAGAUGACAAGCAACUGGCCAAACUACAUACCAAGGCCAAUCUAAAGAAGUUUAUGGAGUAUGUUCAACAAAGGUGUGUGGACAAGGUCUGCAGGUUCCUGGAGAAAGGGCUGGACCCCAACUUUCAUGAUGCUGAGAGUGGGGAAUCUCCUCUCACUCUCGUGGCCCAGCUGGACACUUGUGCCGAUCUGAUUAAGGUGUUGAGGAGCGGAGGAGCCCAUCUGGACUUCAGAACCAGAGACGGCCUAACGGCGCUGCACAAAGCGGUCCAAACGCACAACCAUGUAGCAUUGACUACAUUGUUGGAUCUGGGGGCGUCUCCGGACUAUAAGGACAGUCGUGGGCUCACCCCCCUCUAUCACAGCGCCAUGGUUGGGGGAGAUCCAUACUGCUGCGAGCUGCUGUUGUACGAUCACGCCCAGCUGGGCUACAGCGAUGAGAACGGCUGGCAGGAGAUCCAUCAGGCUUGUCGUCAUGGAAAUGUGCAGCACCUUGAGCACCUGUUAUUCUAUGGAGCGGAGAUGAGUGCUCAGAAUGCCUCAGGAAACACAGCACUACACCUGUGUGCCCUCUACAACCAGGAAGGCUGUGCUAGAGUUCUCCUGUUUCGAGGAGCAAAUAAAGAAAUCAAGAACUACAACAACCAAACAGCAUUUCAGGUUGCUAUCAUCGCAGGGAACUUUGACCUGGCAGAAAUCAUCAAGAUUCAUAAAACCUCAGAUGUUGUGCCUUUCAGGGAGACACCUUCUUAUUCGUCUCGGCGGCGUGCGGUCUGCGUAUCCCCACGUCGCUCUCUGAUGCGAUCGGCCAGUGAUAAUGCUCUAGAUGAGAGUCUGCCAGCUCCCUCUCCGGCCCCCUCACUUCGCAGCCUGCCCCCGCUGGAGCCCGACGACACCAACCCAUCCCAGCGCAGCCCCCAGGCUGCUCACACUCACACGCGCAGCCUCAGGAGACACACCCGCUCAGGAGGACACCUUAGCCCUGGCAGUCCUGUACAGAGAGAGCCGAGUCCUCCUGCCGUGUCUCGAGGGCCCAAGAGACGGCUGUACAGUGCGGUGCCCGGCCGAACCUUCAUCGCUGUCAGCUCCCACACUCCACAGGGCGAGGGUGAGAUCACACUCAACCGAGGAGAGAGGGUCAAAGUGCUAAGCAUAGGUGAAGGUGGAUUCUGGGAAGGCUCAGUUAAAGGACGAACUGGCUGGUUUCCUGCCCACUGUGUAGAGGAAGUCCAGAUGAGACAAUAUGACCCACGACUUGAGACAAGAGAGGAUCGCACCAAGAGACUUUUCAGGCACUACACUGUUGGCUCCUACGACAACUAUACCUCUUACAGUGAUUAUGUUAUAGAAGAAAAAAGUGCAACGUUGCAGAAGAGAGACAGCGAAGGAUUUGGCUUUGUGCUUCGGGGAGCUAAAGCUGAGACACCCAUAGAAGAGUUCACACCUACUCCUGCUUUUCCUGCCCUGCAAUACCUGGAGUCUGUGGACCUGGAAGGGGUGGCGUGGAGGGCAGGGCUAAGGACAGGAGAUUUUCUCAUAGAGGUAAAUGGGGUGAGCGUAGUCAAGGUGGGACAUAGGCAGGUGGUAUCACUGAUUCGGCAAGGUGGAAGUCGGCUAGUAAUGAAGGUGGUGUCUGUCACACGCAAACCUGACACUGGAGACGUCGUCCGCAAGAAAGCCCCACCACCUCCCAAGAGAGACCCAAGCACCAGCCUGACCCUGCGCUCAAAAAGCAUGACUGCAGAACUGGAGGAGCUGGCGUCAAGGAGAAGGAGGGGAGAGAAGUUGGAUGAGAUGUUGAGUUCGCCCAAAGAACCGGUUGUAGUGAUGAGGCCACGUCCUGCGGAUUCAGACUCCAGAGCAGCCACUGUGAAACAGAGACCAACAAGUCGCCGCAUCACACAGGCUGAGAUCAAUUCUCUGUUAGAGAGGCAGGGUUUGCCAAUAAGUUCCCUGGCUGUGGACAAAAGUCAUAUGCAGCUGCCUCGGGGAAUGUCAAGAACCAAGUCAUUUGGUGCUCCUGAAGAUGAAAGAAUCUCAGCCCUGAUUGGAGAGCAUCGCUUUCCGAGAAGCUCCUCGAUGACUGACAGCUUUAGACAAGAUAGUAUUCCACCCCCUCCACAGACAGCUCCUCCACCACCUCCAACUCCCUACUUCCUAGAUUCAGGGCCACCACCGUCCUUUCAUCCACCUCCGCCCCCUUCUCGCGCUGCCAACCAGAGCCGUUCAAGCUUCCGCCCAGGGGCGGAGCCCAAACUCCAUGGCCCAGUCACGACAGACCGCCAGCGAAAAACACGCUCCAUGAUCAUUCUUCAGGACACCACCCAUUUGCCAGUGGAGCCUGCCCCUAUUGCAAGACCACAAACGCCUACCUCUGGAGCGGUUCCACCUGAACGUGGUCGUAGGCGUGGACCACCUGUGGAGAAUCCGUAUGCUAACGUGGGUCGUCUAAGUGCAGUCUAUACUCCUACGAAGCCCCAGCGGAGAAAGAGCCCACUAGUCAAACAAGGACCAGUUGAGGAGGGAGCCACUACUCAGACUAGUAGAGACCCCUCUCCUUUGGGAGGGUCACGGAUUCCCCACAGUAGCCGAGCAGAGCAGUUCCAACAGCAAGUUCUCUCUGAGAGAGCUAGAAUUACACCUCCAGGUGCCCGACGCAGACCCAGCGUUUUCCUAUCUGUAGAAGGGAGCACGACUGAGCCGCAAACAACCCCGUUACUUUCUCAGUCCCACUCAGUGGAUGAGUUGGCCGAGUUGCCUCCACCUGCACCAAUGCUUUCCCCUGGCCCGCCACCGGGGGGCACCACUUUUAUACACCCUCUAACAGGUCGACCACUGGAUCCUUCCUCACCUCUAGCCCUUGCACUGGCUGCACGAGAACGUGCCCUUAGUGGCCGGAAUACACCCACUCCUACGCCUUCACCCACACCUUCACCCACUCAAGGUCGAGCAGUUGAAAGGCCAGAGACAGAAGGAGGAGCAACACCACCUGCUCCUCUUGAGGCUCCUCCAUCGAAUUCCUGGAGAGACGAACCGGUCAGCAUCACAGAAACAGCAAGCCAAGUGACUAGUGGUAGCCCUGGGUCUGGACGAAGCCUGGAAGAGGUACUUGUCCCACCAAGCGUGCAAGGUGUCCAACCUGCACUUAUGGAUACAGAACAUACCCCACCGGCAGUCCCACCAACUCUACCUUCCCCUGCCCCUACCCUCUCAAAUCUGACUGCUCGAAGUCUGACUAUGAGCUCAGAGGAGGACGCGGAGCCUUACACCGUGACACUUCCCCCUGCAUUGCUCUCGUCCAGUGAUGAGGAAACCAGAGAGGAGCUUCGGAAGAUAGGCCUUGUGCCACCCCCUCAACCCUUUUCUAAUGGCCUUCUAAUUAAAGAAACACCCAAAGCCACUCUAAGCAUUUCACCUAGCGGAUCACGGCCAUCCAUUGCAAAGACCUCCUCUGGGAAAGCAAGCGAUUCUACGGCAGACUCUGGGGUUGAAGACCCACAUAUGGAGACCACCAGUACUGUUUCCACAGUCUCCAGCAUGUCCACUUUGUCUUCGGAGAGCACAGACUCCGCUCAUGCUAGCAAACCACGUUCUGGGGUGGGGCGUGGUCGCCCCGCCCAUCUCAGGGACCCACUGCUUAAACAGUCAUCAGACAGUGAGCUGCUUCCACACCCACCCAGCACAGGCCCCAGCCGUCCACGCUACCUAUUCCAAAGACGUUCCAAACUCUGGGGGGAGGAGCCCCGGGGCCAGAUGGGUGGGUCUGAUGAAAGUCGGCCUGCUGCUAUGGGGGCAGAGUUGCUAAGCAAAGACUCUCAUUCUCUGGGGGAGGAGCCACCGAUGGGAGCACCCCUUGACCCUGGCAGGAGAUCACCUGUGGGAGGUGCCAGAUGUGAGGAGAAUGGAGAAGAGAGUAAAUCACUCUUUAGUAGUUUAGGGGAGCUUCACACCAUCUCUCAGCGGAGUUACGGCACCACCUUCACAAUCCGUCCUGGCAGCCGAUACCCAGUGACCCGUAGGACUCCAAGCCCUGGAGCCACACCAGAACGGAGUGAACCGCUGGGGCCUGUCCGUACAUUCGGCCCUCAUCACCAUCAUCACACAAUCCUCAAGUCUUCUAGCCUAAGUUUGCCCCAGGAGCCCAAAGAGGUGCGUUUCGUCAUGAGGAGCGCCAGUGCUCGAGCCCGCAGCCGUUCUCCAUCCCCCUCUCCAUGCGCCUCCCCCUGCCCUUCACCUGUACUGGGAGCCCCUCUCCUGGCCCUGCGGCCAUUCAGACAGCGCCCCCUAGCACUGUGGAGUAAGUAUGACGUGGGAGAGUGGCUAGAGAGUGUGGGACUAGGAGAACAUCGUGCCCGUUUUUUGGAGCAUGAGAUUGAAGGCGCCCAUCUGCCUGCACUGACCAAGGACGAUCUGGCAGAAUUAGGGGUGACGCGGGUGGGACACCGAAUGAACAUCGAACGUGCCCUGAAGCAGCUGCUGGAGAGUUGAGGAGAGCAAAAAUGCAGGAUAUAGUCUCAUCACAAAUUUUAACCAUUAAAAGUCUAAAAGUUAGACUAAAAGUCUAACACCAUAGAUUCCAACCCACUUUUUUUUAGCAUUGCUCAGCCCUUAUAUAAUAUAGAUUUUACCCAAGCACCAACGAUUUAACUCCCACAAAACCCACCAUGUUUCUUCACUAGUUUGCCACCUACUAAGAGUAAAAAUAACAUGCUGGACAGGAGUGUGGACCUACUGCGCAAUAUCUACUAUUUACAGCUACAGGUCUUAGAAUAUCAAACUGGCCAUGUUUUUAACUGGGUCUUCUGCACAAUAACAAAUGAUAUAGCCAGCAAGCAGCCAUUUCCUUCACGCGCCAUGUUUUACAAUCAAAUGAUGAUGAAGGUGUGGCAAUCAUACAGACUGCUCUCACAUUAUCAGAGGAAGUCUGAGAAUAUCUUCACCAUCUGGAUUUGUGUGCAUUUCCUGCUUCCAGGAGAGAGACUUCUGAAUUUUAGAAAGCAGCGUCAACUUGAAUGCAAAGGGAAAGGAAAGAGCAGAAACCUCUCCUGUAAACAAUGCCAAUGCUUCCAAGUGCCCGGAAUUUACAGUAUGUUCACCGACCAUCUUGUAACUCAAUAGUAGAUAGCCAUGAUAAUGGUGAUAAUAAGAUGCGUUGCAGUAACUCGACUUGGCAUGUGAAUGCAACAUGUCCAAGUAAGAAAGGAUCUGACAAUCUGCCCUAAACCAGGAGAAUAAAACUUCUCCAAAUACAAUACAAGUGUGGCCUUGAGGUAAUACUGCCGCCAUCUAAAAUUUGUUAAAGAUAGAUAUUUUCAGUCACUACAUUCAGUUUUAUAUGUAUAUGAUAUAUAUGGAGUUAUAUACUAAAAAAAGAAGAAUGUAUGAGAGUAAGGUGAGAUAUACUUGUCUUAUGCCCUGUGAGAUUGUGUCAUAUUUGGUCUUACUUUAUAUUUGUUAUUUUAUUUGUCAACUAUCAACCAAUACCCUAACAUGAACGCAGUUACUCUUUUUUCCCCAUGGUAUAACUUGUGAUUUGUGAGUUAUAAACACAUAAUCUUUAGACUAGUUCAUGGUCAGUUAUUUAAGAAUUUCAUAAUUACGGACGGACCUUUUUUGUCUAUUAUGAAUAAAUCCUCAUUAAGACUGUAUGUAGAAUAACUGUUUCGUUUAAAAAGAGGAUUUGAAAUGCUAUGGGUUGUAGGAAUUUAUUUGUUACCUUUUGUAAAUGAUAACUCAGCAUCAGUCGAUCAUUUCAUGCUGAUCAAUUUGUGAAUUCAAGCCGUAACAAUGUUUCUUUGCCAUGAUUUGGUUAUGUAUUGUGCAAUUACUCAUUUGGGAUUUAAUUCCUAUCAAGUCUUUCAGUUUAGAACAAUAUGAGCAAAAUAUGCUACCUAAGGGCUUUUCUAACAUAAAUAAAAUAAAUUGUUAUCAAACAUGUUUUAAUGCAAACUGCUAAACUGGUGAAUUUGUCUGAUCCCCAGUUAUAGGCAAGUCUACAACUUAAAGUAAUAACGUGACACAUUGGCAAAAACAAAGCUAGUGUUAAUGGGCCUUAAAAAGCAGUGUGUCCCUGACCAUAAUGACCUGGGAACAUUUUCUGUUCCUAGUAAAAGUGUGAAAUUGUCUUUUAGUACAACCAAAUUACUAAAAGUAAUCUGAUUACAAGCAUAUCUACUGUGAAUAUAGUUAUUUUUCCUCAAUUUCUCAUUUUAAAAUCCCCAAGAUUGUCAUAUAAUCAAGCAAAUGUUGAGAUUAUAUUGUGUCAAAAAUGAUCUGGUAACUAGCUUGACUGGUUUGUUGUGUUUGGUAAGCUGGAACAGUAGGUGUUGCUGUGGUUUACACAUUUAACUAACAGAUGAACUCUGCCAACUGAGGAGAAAAUCCUCACACUUGUCACUCCUCCGGUUGGUCAAUUUGCACAAAGAUGUGGGUGCUACUGUUUAUAAGCCAUCUGCAUAAAAUAUGAGUGUACUUCCCUCAUCUGUACCUGUCCUUCUCCCUCUCUUCCGAUCCUCACUCAUUUACACUCUCAAACACAAUUAUUUAAUUAAUUAAUUACUGGUGUAAGAGAAGGGUGUGGCAGCCAUGUUCUUCUAAUUUACCACUUUUAGGAGCCCUUUCUUCUGAUGUUGACUUUUUUUUUUUUGUAUUCUUUGUUGGAUGAAGUGAUUUGAGGAUUAAGCUUUUGGACGUUUGCUUUAAAAUGAGAAAAUGUACACAAAAAUAUAAUUUGACUUGUCUGUUAUUAAAGAUCAUCUCUCAGGC